CAGAUUCUUUUCCAAACGCGAAUGAUCAUAGAGCCAUCGGAUGCUUUACUCCCGGUUCCGGAGGUGUCCGGAGGAAUACCGUUCCCUUGCAGGAACUCCAAAAUUUAAAACGACCGACUCCCCUCUCUUCCGAGCUGUUGCCCUUCUUUGACGAAAAACCGUCUCCGCCUCUUCCGAGACCGAGCGAAGGGAGGAAACUAAGAAACUAUAAGGAGAGCGAAGGAGGUGAGAGAGACGAAGCGAGAUCGAGAGAGCUCGUCGCCGUCUCCUCGUCGUAUCGUCGUCGCUGUCGUCGCCUACUUGCUUGGAAUCGGAAUCAAUGGCGCAGCAUCUGACGGACGAGCAGAUCGCGAAGUUCAAGGAGGUCUUCAGCCUCUUCGACAAGGACGGAGACGGCUUGAUAACUGCGAAAGAACUGGACACUGUGAUGAGAUCCUUGGGACAGAAUCCAACCGAAGCUGAACUGGUGGAUAUGAUCAAUGAAGUUGAUGCUGAUCAAAAUGGAGCCAUUGAUUUUCAUGAGUUCUUGAAUUUGAUGGCAUGCAAAGUGAAAUUAAGAUAGAGCCUCAUGGACUAUUCUAGGUUCAUACCAUCUUGUGGAUUGAUUAAUAAAGCUUCUUCAAUUUCAAAACAACGGCAAGGUAGAGAGACAUAAAGAUGAAGGACUGCGUGGUAAAUAGUUCAAUAUAACAGAAGACUAACUCGGAGCAAAUUCAAAAUCCGCUUGUCGCAAGCAAAGCUGCGCGGAGUCUAUACAAAAGACCAUCUUGAUGGAUUUGAUUUCGGAAGAAAAAAGGAAAGAGAUUUUGUAUAUACAUUCUACUUUUCACUUCAUCGUAUAACUAGUAUUUUAUCUUCAAAUCAUUUCAAUUUAUAUUUACUUCAUACCUUUAUUUAUGCGUGAUUAAUAUAAUGCCGACACAAUGACAGCUAGUUAAAUAUGCACCUAUCUAAAUAUGCCAAAGCUUAUAUCAUUUAGCAACCAUCCUGUACACGGUUAGACUACUGCCUCUAGCCAUCGAUACACCGGCCGUGUCACCACCAACCCCACCCUUCCUCCCCUUUGCCCUUGGAAGUCCUAGUGAAACUCAUGGAUCAGCAUGAGAAGAGA